CCUAUUUUCAAUAUUAUUUUAGACAAUCAAUAGUUACAAGAAUAAUUCUCUAUCGUCGCAGUGAAAUUAUUUUAAUCGUUUAACUAUUACUAUAAAAAGCUUACUAGGCUGUACAUUACUAACUAAAUUGCCUAGGUACUUAACCUUAGGUGUUAAUAUGAUUUGUUUACAUCGUCAAAGUCUCGUCGUGGUAGCUCUUUGGUUACAAGAUUCCAGACCCCAUAAGAUGUCACCUCCAAAACUCUUGGCUUUGGCUGUUGGUUCAUUGCACCUGCACCAUAAAAUAAGACAUGGAUGUGGAACAGUUGAUACCUAUUAAAUAGCCUAGCCAGCCCUAUGGCCGCUGUGGACACGAUUCUUUCCUCCCCGGCUUGUCUAGCUUGUUACUAUUUCCCCUGAGUUUUCAUCAGUUAUCUUGUAGGUUUUUUUUUUCUCUCUUUUUUUCUUCGCGGUGUUAGAAUACCGUUCAAUAAAAAGAAAAUGCGGUUAGGCGACAUAAUUUGGUCGGCCUCUUUAGCCUUCGGACCUGUCCUCGGCCAGAGUUGUCCCAGUUAUUCUAGUUAUUCUCAGUCGCGGAACCCUCCUCUCUCGUCUGGUACUUAUAAGCUUGCAUACCAGCGACCCUCUACCGAAUGUCGUACUUUCAACUCGAGCCUGAUCGAGGAUGCCAUCAACAAGACGAAAAGCGCCAUUGUCGACCCCGAUCUAUCACGCCUUUUCGAAAACACGUUCCCGAACACGCUCGACACGGCUAUUAAAUGGCGGGGAGUUGCUGCCAACAACUCUGAGGAAGAGUUGGCUUUCGUAAUUACCGGCGACAUCGACGCCAUGUGGAUUCGCGACUCGGCGAACCAGAUAGCCCCCUAUAAGACUGUUCUGAAGAAAAAGACCGACGACAUCGCCUCGGUUUUCCGCGGGACUAUCAACAUGCAAGCUCGGUAUCUGAUCAUAUCGCCUUAUUGCAACGCCUUUCAGCCGCCGCCUGAGUCGAACAUCACCCCGGCGCAAAACGGGGGUAUCUAUUCUGUCACACCAUCCUAUGAUCGCAAUAUAGUUUUCACUUGCAACUUUGAGCUCGAUGAUUUUGGGGGGUUCUUACAGCUUUCGCACGAUUAUUAUAACGCGACGGGCGACUUGGAUUUCUUCGGCAAGUUCCAAUGGAUUCAUGCUGUACAGUCUAUCCUUGCAGCGUCAGAAGAAAUGAGACAGCCUACAUAUGGACCUGAUGGGAAAUGGAUUCGUCCCGUAUAUACGUUCCAGUCGCAAACCAUGACCGGUUCUGGUACUUUGGGAAACAAUGGUAUCGGAAACCCUGUUAACAGGACUGGCUUGGUACGUUCGCCGUUCCGCCCGAGCGACGACUCUGCCACAUACGAUUUUCAAAUCCCAGCAAAUAUGAUGUUGUCGAGGUACUUGGAAUCCACGUCUGAUAUCAUGGAACGGCUACCGAACGCGCCAAAGGGGUUAGCGCAGAAGAUGAGAGAUAUGGCUGCUGAGAUCAGGGAUGCCAUAAAUGAAUGGGGUAUCGUGACUGCGCCCGACGGCAAGAAGAUCUUCGCGUACGAGGUUGACGGCUUUGGCGGCCAGAAUUUGAUGGACGAUGCCAAUGUCCCGUCGCUUCUAUCGGCCCCUUUUCUAGGAUACCUGGAUAAAAACGACACUAUUUAUCAGAACACGCGAGCCUUUGUUCUCAGCAGGCGUAACCCAUGGUGGUGCGAGGGCCCAUAUCUCAAAGCCAUUGGUAGCCCGCAUAUUAGACCGGGAGCAGCAUGGCCUAUGUCGUCAAUCAUACGAGCGAUGACUUCGGAUAAUGACGCGGAAAUCGUCACGGCCGUGAAAGAAGUGUUGAGCACUACUGAUGGAUAUGGAUUGAUACACGAGAGCGUCGAUAGCUUUGAUACGACCAACUGGACCCGGCAGUGGUUUACAUGGGCCAACGGACUGUUUGGCCAGUUGAUAAUGGACUUAGCAGAGAGGAAGCCGCAUAUACUGAAAGAGAACUUCCAACCUGUCUUUAUACAUUAUACUUGAAUUUUAUCGGGGUAUAAAUAACUAUUUCAAAAUCCAUGCGCUUAAGGCGAGAGACCCCGUGAUACUCAUUUGCGGCGUUCUUACGUGACCAACGCCAGUGUUAGUGGAUAUUGCAUCUCUUCUAAUGUAUCUAUAUUUAUCAUUAGGUACCUUUAUACGUCUCGGCCUCUUUCUAUAUCGACCAAAAAUAGCAUCCGUUGUAGGGCAUAUACUAAAGCAAAAAAAAAAAAAAAAAAA